UCAGCUGUUUUUAUCAUUACAGAACCAAAAUAUAAAAAUGUGCAUAACAAAAAAAAUUUUGCGAAGGGUACCACAAACAGUACAAAUUGUAACAAAAUAUCGACGACAUUAUGGAACCGUCACACCAACACGAAGACGAGUGGUUGUAACAGGUAGUGGAGCAGUAACACCAUUGGGUAACAAUGUACUUGAAUCCUGGCAACGACUGCUUGCCGGCGAAUCAGCAAUAACGCGGCUUAAUGAGCAAUACAAAGGUCUGCCUUGCCAAGUCGCUGCACAAAUACCAAAGGAGCGACUGUCACUAGAUAAGCAUUUCAGUAAAAGUGACUUGAAAUUAAUGAGUCCCGCAACACAAUUUGCUGUAAUGGCCACAGAUGAAGCUUUAUGUAAUGCAAAAUUGAAACCCAAAGAGCUGAGCGCAGCAGAACUUGAAAGAAUCGGUGUUUGCGUUGGUAUGGGCAUGUUUGACCUUUCGGAAGUGUACAACACGUGGCAACAACUGCAGCGAGGUUAUAAUCGCGUGAGUCCAUUUUUUAUACCACGCUUGUUGCCUAAUAUGGCUUGUGGUCAUGUUAGCAUGCGUCAUGGUUUCCGUGGGCCAAAUCACUCUGUCUCUACAGCCUGUGCUACUGGAGCACAUGCAAUAGGUGACGCUAUGCGUUUCAUACGUAAUGGUGAUGCGGAUGUAAUGAUAGCAGGUAGCGGUGAAUCUUGUAUUGAUCCACUUUCCAUAGCUGGCUUUUGUCGCUUGAGGGCUCUGAGUACAGCACAUAAUGAUACACCCGAUAAGGCUUCACGACCUUUUGAUGUUAAGCGUGACGGGUUUGUUAUGGGAGAAGGAGCUGCCAUACUUGUACUUGAGGAACUAGAACAUGCACGCAAACGUAAUGCAACAAUUUUAGCUGAAUUGCUUGGAUACGGUUUAUCUGGCGAUGCUUAUCAUAUAACUUCUCCAAGUGAGGACGGUACCGGCGCUGCACUGGCUAUGAAACGUGCCAUAAACGAUGCAGGUGUAUGUUUGGAUCAAAUUACUUACGUUAAUGCACACGCUACAUCCACUCCAACAGGAGACCGUAUUGAAGCUCACGCUAUAGAAAGCGUAUUCGGUGCACAUGCACCUGAGGUACGUGUAUCUGCCACAAAAGGUGCACAUGGACAUUUAUUGGGCUCAUCUGGUAAUUUAGAGGCUCUUUUCGUUGUACACGCUUGUAAUGAGAAUAUUUUGCCACCUACAAUAAAUAUUGAAGAGUUGGACAAAGACGUUAAGGUGAAUGUCGUUACCAAAGCCGAAACUUGGUGUAGCGAUAAUACUAUACAGCGUAUAGCAUUAAAGAAUUCUUUCGGGUUUGGCGGUACUAAUGCUUCACUUUGUUUUUCUAGUUUUAAGGAAUGAAUGUAUAUCACAUAAUGAUUUCAAAUAUAUAGUAUA